AUAAAUAUAUUGACGCUGAACAAACCGACCCAUGAACGCCCACAAUGGCUAGUGCAAAAAUUUCCAAGUUCUACGCUCUGCAGGCCUGAAAAUUUUGAGAGCCGUUGGCGCCUGGCAACCAGUCAUUAGUUCUCAAAUUUUCGAUAUUUAUUUUCUGAAAAGACAAAAUUGCCGUUCCAGGUUUCUUCCUUCACUUGUAUGCGACGGUACCCUUUUGACGAAGCUGCAAGCCAAAACCUCCUUCCAGAAGAUAUCAGAGCGCGAGGCGUUCUACCUGAUAAAUUUCAAUGGAGUUAGCUUCUUCGACUUUCCAAUCUCCUUCUCUUUUCUUCUUUAGAUGUCAUCUCCAAAUCUUAAUUUCUCUUCUAAAUUCAAAGUUUGCCCGCUGCCAGUUGUUGGGACCAGGCAGCGCAAAUCUUCUCCGGCCGUUGUUGUUGGCGGUGCAACUGAUGUUUCUAGUGAUAAGAAAGGGGAGGAAUGGAUAUUCUCUGAUUCUUCUGAACCCACGGCGGUUGGUGAUGAUUUUUCCGUUCUCUCUGAACAAGAAAAAUUUCCAUUCACGGAGCAUCACAGCAUCAAUGAUUUGGGAGACAACCAGAAAAUGAGAUUAAACAUGCUUAUCAAAUUGGCCACAGGAGGAUAUUUUUGAGGCUAACAUGCUUUCUCCCUCGCAGGUCGAUUAUUAAUGUUUGUAUAAACUUGUUAAAUCUUAGAAUUUCCGCAUGUGUUAGAAAUGUUUAUUUGAUUUGGGUCUGUAAACUAAAUUAUUAUUGUGGACCUGUAAACUUAAUAUUCUAUGCAUGUUU